AUGACGUAUCGUUAUCUCUCAGUACGAGAAAAUAAAGGUACACACUCGUUUAUUUUUCUUGUAAUGAUGACAAAAUGUGAGGCGCUUUUCUUCGUCUUCUUGCUGUGCAGCGUAGCUUAUGUAUCUAGCUACAAACUUCAUGAUCGAAAUUCAUUAAGAGCAACAUCAUGUGCUGGAACAACAUGGGAAUCGAACGGCAAAACAGUAGCUGGUGGUAAUGGCCCAGGCAGUGCUCUUAACCAAUUGAACUCAUCAUAUGGUAUUGUUGUUGAUUCAAAUAAUGCACUCUUUGUCAGUGACUAUUCAAAUCACCGAGUAAUUAAAUGGGAACAGGGGGCAUCACAUGGCAGUCUUCAUAUUGGAGAGCUAUGCGGGACAAAUACUAAUGAAGAAUUUUGCUAUCCUAGUGCCAUUACAUUCAACAAGGAGGGCACUUUAUUCGUCACUGUUCAGAGUGACUCGAUUGGAAGUGUGGUGUUUUUAAAAAAAGGAGCUGCAUCGUUCGAAACACUCAUUACUGUCAAUACUUCUAUUUACGGCAUAGUUUGGGAUCAGAAUGAAGAAUAUCUCUAUCUCGGGCAUCAUCGUGAGCAUCGCGUACUGAAAUAUACGAAGGACGGAAAAUUCGUGAGUGUCGUUGCUGGUGGCAAUGGUGCAGGGUCUGCUCUUGAUCAGCUUGACUAUCCUCGAGGUGUCGCAGUGGACGAGGAUGGGUCUGUCUAUGUAGCAGAUUCUAGUAAUCAUCGUAUAGUGAAAUGGAUGGUCAAUGCUAAUAAAGGAGUUAUUGUCGCAGGCGGUACCGGAAUCGGUAAUCGAACAGAUCAAUUUAAUAUACCAGGUGACAUGAUUCGAGAUAAGAGUGGGACACUUUAUGUGGUAGACAUACGUAAUCAUCGCAUCGUGUGUGUACCGGCGGGUGCACGAAACAGCAUUACUAUCGCAGGUGGUUAUGGGCAAGGUAAUGCGACCAAUCAACUGAAUAGUCCCAUCUACUUGGCGUUCGACAAUGAGGGAAGCUUGUAUGUAAGCGAUGAAAACAACUAUCGAAUUCAAAAGUUUUCAAAAACAGACACUCCAUCAAGUACUGGUGGCUAUGUGAACACUCCUUCCAAGUUGGCAUUCGCUUUUGGUUUUCUAUUGUUGAUCGUUUCAUCUGUUUGCUUUUUCAAAUAA